AUGGGGCACUGCUACGUCUAUGUGCUGCACUGCGACGGUCGUUCGACAGUAUACGUGCUACAUACGUGCGCGCUAAUGCUGCUUGUGCCGCUGUUGUUGCUUCGGCUGCUGCUGCUGCCUCUAGUGCUUCUGCUGCUGCUGCUGCUCCUGGUAGUGCUGCGGCUGCUGCUGCUGGUGGUAGUGCUGCGUCUGCUGCUGCUGCUGCCGUUGCUUUUGUUCCCUAUAGAAGCAACAUGUGGUAGCUGGCUGCAGUUUUUCGUACGCGAGCCUAUCAACGAGAUAUUUUAUUUGGCACCCGCGCAGCAGCAGCUUCCGCCUCCCGGCAAGGGCAGCAACAGCAGCAGCAGCGGUACUGGCACUUCUACAAGCAGCAGCACUAGUAGAAGCAGUCACAGCAACAGUGGUAGUAGCACAGCAGCAGCAGCAGCAAAACGGCCUCUGCUGCUGCACCUGUCUUUGCUGUUGCAGCUGUCUCUGUUGUUGCAGCUGUCUCUGCUGUUGCACCUCUCCCUGCUGGUGCACCGCUCCCUGCCCCUGCAGCUCAGCCUGCACCUGCAGCUGUCUCUGCUGAGAAGACCGUCGCUGCUGUUGUAG